UAUGAUUUUUUGAUUUUUUGAUUUAUUUUUUGGGUACCCUGCUCCACUGUGUGUCACUUUAAAACAACGUGUCCAAUGUUACAGUAGACAGAAGACGUUUAUCAGCUCUGCAAUUUCUCGUUUUCCGCCAAAUUGAAGCCGCUGUACUUUAAAGCCAGCGCGCAGCUUUUUGGUGGAGGAUCUCACUGCUUAGAGUCAUACUCGGGAGCAGCCACAUACACGUGUGAUGAAUAUGCUUUUAACUGUAAUUCAGCUGUGUGGCGCCUUGCCAAGCGCUUCUGGGCUGCAGACAGCUGAGAGUUAUGAGUGAGUGAGCGGACGGAGAGGGAAGUCCUCUCUCUUUGCGGCGGACUUCCGAUUCUCCGCAUGUAAACAAACUCACGUGAAGCGCGACCUAAAACGACCCUGACCGGGCACGUUGUCUUUUCGACCGUAUCACCUGUACAGAGUUGCACUUAUUCUCACGUUAGCUACUGAAUGUCAGAUAAUGCGAGUCACACCCUCGCUGUACAGUAGCCUCUAUGUCCUUUGGUUGGGGUGAGUGUGUCCUUAAAAACGUCCCGAAUUCCCAUGAACGCCGCGUUCAUGGGAAAUGAGUGUGAAUUGUGGCUUCGUUGCAACGCGUGAGUCAUAAAGCUUGUCUGUUUAUGAGAUCGCAGUGUUUUAGCAAAAUACAUGUGAGUCGGGUAGGCUAUGUCAAGGCGUAGUCACGCCCACUGAGUCAAAGCAAGUCGGCUAAGCGGUGCCAAAUCUUCCAGGCAUGUACUUAUUUGAAGAGCAGUGCUGGGAGGGGGGAUGUUCAGUUCUGCCAGGACUUGAAUCAUGCUGAUCCAAAUGUGGUGUUAUCUUGUACGCUGGCUCGUCCGGCAGUGCCAGCCCGAGUCCUGGCAGUCCUUCAAGUGGAUACCAGACCCAAUCGCCCUCCUCCCACUCGCAGCCUUCAUCCCCAGAGGGUGUCUCCUUUCAAGAGAUUGGGGCCCUGAAGCAGAGAGGAGAACAAGGGGGAGGAACUCCUUCCCCUCGAAUGGUCUUCCAGUUUCCUGAAGUAAACAAUCCUCCCGUUGCCCAAAUAACAACAGUAUCAUCAGCAACCUACAACCAACCCACAGUGGCCAAAAGACCCUGUGGUUUCACUGGCACCUUCACCAAGACCGGAGGCAUGGUGCUUCUGUGUAAGGUGUGUGGGGACAUUGCAUCUGGGUUCCAUUACGGCGUGCAUGCCUGCGAAGGCUGCAAGGGUUUCUUCAGACGCAGCAUUCAGCAGAAUAUCCACUACAAGAUGUGUGUAAAGAACGAAAAGUGUCUCAUCAUGCGCAUGAACCGAAACCGGUGCCAGCACUGCCGCUUUAAGAAGUGUCUCUCCGUGGGCAUGUCCAGAGAUGCUGUGCGUUUUGGGCGUAUUCCCAAACGGGAGAAGCAGAGACUAUUGGAUGAGAUGCAGAGCUACAUGAACAGUCUCAACGAAUCAGCUUCCAUGGAAAUGGAGGUGUCAUCUCCCCCCGAUGCCCCCUGCAGUCCACAGAACCAGACAAAUGAAGGAGCGGGCUCCAUAUCGCAGUCUUACCGCAGCAACUUAAUGAACAGUGACGAGAAACCGCUCAAGAUGGCUGUCGGUAACAUUGGCACGUCGUCUUUCCAGAACGGCUCAGUACAGGAAGCCUCCGUGUCACAGUCGGCAGCCCAGACUCACACGGUUCAGGGGGAGCAGGCGAAUCUGACGUCGAGCUACCGUGUCCCCACAAGCUGCCCUGUCAACAGCCCCACCAAUAAUGAAAACUCCACUCACGCUAAUUUCGACAAUGCCAAGUAUACCUUCUCCAAUCAGAAUCAGUGCCCCUUCAGUGGAAGUCUGUCGGCUCAGUCCUACUCAGCCAAUCAGAACAGUCACCCAGCCAGGGAUUCCCAAAACCCAAGCCCUUGCCCCUGGAAGCUAAAUGGAGGAGCCAAAGUGCUGGCAUGUCCACUCAAUUCCUGUCCUGUGGCUCCGGCCAGUCGUUCCAGUCAGGAGGUGUGGGAGUCUUUUUCCCAGUGCUUCACGCCUGCUGUUAAAGAGGUAGUGGAGUUUGCAAAGAGCAUCCCAGGCUUCCAGACUCUCAGCCAGCAUGAUCAGGUCAUGCUGCUCAAAGCUGGCACUUUCCAGGUUCUGAUGGUGAGGUUCUGCUCGCUGUUUGAGCCCAAGGAGAGGACAGUGACCUUCCUCAAUGGGCAGACAUACUCACUGGCAUCACUGAGGGCCCUCGGCAUGGGUUCCUUACUGGAUGCCAUGUUUGAUUUCAGCGAGAAGCUGGGAUCUUUGGGUCUGGAGCCAGAUGAGAUGGCCCUUUUCAUGGCCGUUGUGCUUGUUUCUGCCGACCGCUCUGGUAUAGUGGAGGUGGGAGCAGUGGAGCAGCUGCAGGAGAAUCUAAUAAAAGCUCUGCGGUCUCUCAUCACCAGUCGCCGCCCAGAUGACAGCACCCUCUUCCCAAAGUUGCUGCUACGUCUGCCUGACCUGCGCACCCUGAACAACCAUCACUCUGACAAACUUUUAGCUUUUCGCAUAGAUCCUUGAGCACGGAAAGCUGAAGCCGAAUGAAGUAUCCGCUUUGAGGAACGUCUCUGCUUCCCCACGCAAGCCUGGCCUGCCACAUAAAGCACAAUGGCCUGCGUGAUGGACAGUUGUUGUGGGAGCUGUGCCAAGUGUGCUGCUGUGUGGAAAAAAUAUCAGAGACGGAUGUAGGCACAGCAAGAGGCAGAGGCUCCCAAACUCAAACUGAUUCCUCCACCAACUAUCAAAACAUAAACUGUGUUCUUCCAUGGGUUCUUCACGUCAACAUCAGACCACCAAGUCACCACCUCUCCCUCCUGGGGUUUGUCAGCGCCACGUUUCUGUUCAAGACCAAAAAGAAGAAAGAGCCUAUUGUUCCUCACCAGACUUUAUCCUCCUAUCCCAGCUCACAAAGCUAACAAGAGGGAAGCACAUGUUCUAGUUCAGAGAAAAGGAACAUGUACAAACAUUCACCAUCAGUGAUUUCUUAAAAUACAUUCAUGCUACAGUGUGUAAAGGGCACUCUCCAUACACUGAGAUGACCUCUGAAAUCAAUACAUAACAUAGCAAUAGAAAUGUCUGAUACACACUGGGAGGAUGGUUUCUGUGUUCCCUUUUGAAAUGACAUAAGCUAUUUUCACACCAUGUCACCAUGUCUGAAAUCUUUAUGAAAAUCACCCAUUUGUGAUUGAGAAAUGCAUAACAUUUUUAAGAAAUGAGAGCAAGUUGCAUUGUAUUUGUAUGCAGUUAUCAGGGAGAAUUUAUUGGUCAUUUUAGACCGCGUCUGAUGGGUUAUAUGUUAAGGUGUUUUGCUGUAAAUUUUUGUAUAUAACCCUUGUUAGUAUGCAGAUUCUUGGAUAUGUAAAUGAAGGUAGUAUUCAAUUAUUGUACGAUGUCACAGAUUAAUAGAUCGCUCUACAGACUGCAAAGAGAAAGCAGCGUUUGAGCCGUGCCCUCUGAAAAUAAACUUUUCAUCUGAAGAUAUAUCAUUGAAACAAAUGUACUGUCAACUGACUGCUUCACCUUGUGAAUAUUUUGUAAAUGUUUUAUGGUCACAGCAUAGAGUACCAUUAUUAAAUAAUGUUAUAUCGGA